CCCGCACUGCGUCGGGCGCCAUGAGGAUCGACGAGAAGAUCACUACCUCUGUGGAGGCGACUGUGCGCACCAUGACCAACUCGAUCCAGGAGACGCUGCGCCGGUUCGAGACGCGCCUGAUGACGAUCGAGGCGCGCCUGGACGGCUCGGACGAGCCGCUGGCGCGCAGCCGCUCGCGCCAGGACUUCGCCUGCAACGAGGCGCACGAGCGCAGCCUGCAGCAGGGCGUGGAGCGCAUCACCAACAUCUUGGGCUCCGUGACGGAGCGUGUCGCCGAGGCGCGCGACGCCAGCUCGGCCGCCGAGCAAGGUGUGACCCGACUCAACGAGCGCCUGCCAGCCGCCGAGAACAGCAUCAAGCAGGAGCUGGAGCACUCGGUCGGCGUUAUCGAGACGGGCGUGAAGAGGCAGCUACAGGCGCUGGCGCUGGCGGCGCCGCGCGCGCCCGAGCCGGCCGCCUGCCCCGGCCAAGACCUGACGGCCACCCUCAAGCGGAUGGAGUCAGCGCUGACGUGGCAGAUGAACAAGGUGGAGAACGCGGUGACGGUGCUGCAGACUGGCGCCGAGCGUCAGCAGGGCCGGCGGGAGGUGGACCGGGACGCCGCCCACCAGGUGGAGCCGCUAGAGCGCAGCCCAGAGACCCUGAAGAGCUGCGCUGAGCUGCUGGAGAGGGGUUUCACGGACAACGGGCUCUACUACAUCCGGCCGGCGCCCGGCCUCGCCAAGGUGCGCGUCUUCUGCGACAUGACGACCAAGGGCGGCGGUUGGACCGUCUUCCAGCGGCGCGGGCCGCACCUCAAGCGCGAAAACUUCUUCCAGGACUGGGACGCCUACAAGACCGGCUUCGGCGGGCCGGAGGGCGAGUACUGGCUGGGUAACGCCUACCUGCACGCGCUGACCGCGCCCGGCCGGCACCGACUGCGGGUGGAGAUGCUGGAUUGGAACGGCGCCAGGACGUUUGCCGAGUACGCCCGACUUCAGCGUCGCCGACGAGGGCGACAAGUUCCGGAUUCGGCUGGGCACCUUUAG